GCGCGAUGAGUUGUGAUGAUAAACUCCAAGUCUUCCUCAUAGUCGCUUUCAAGGCGAUCGAUGAUCCCUGAAGAGAACGUAUAAUGGCUGAAAAGAAAAACCAGAGUGAUCACUGUUAGUGCAGUGCGUCGUGUAUAUCUUACUAUUAUUGUUCGAUUGUCAUCAGAAAAUGAAACUUUGUUUUAUUUGUUGCUUCAACAAUGUAGUUGAUAUUGUAUAGCCGUAUUCCGUAACUAAACCAAAAACAUUCUUAUCAAUGACGUAUCCUAUCUAUUCUACUUUAAGUUCUAUCUGAUUAAUGUUCAAGUCCUAAAAUAUUUCUGGAAGAGUUUGCCGUAUUAUUUGGAACAGUACUAUCGGCUGGAUUCGACAGCAUUUCUAUAAGAGGCUUCUAGAGGUAUUAAAGGAUCAUCCAGUUCCGUAAAGCCUCGUUGCCUGCAGCACUUCUGGAAAAAUUCUCAGUUGACAGAUGAUGCCGGAACACGAGCGUCAUUUAACGUUUUUUCUUACGGUAACAUUUGCCUUCGUCGGCUUCCUCAUCAAGGGUUUCAUGUACUACCAAACCCUACAGGAAGCUGAAAAGGGUAGUGGAAUGCCCAUCGUUGUCGUCGCCAUUCUAUCUGAGAGAUCACAUUUGGAACGACGAAAGGCAAUACGCGAGACAUGGCUAGCCGAUAAGGGCAACGUAAAGGCAUACUUUAUCUUGGCCAGUAAAUCAUGUAACAUUCAUCCACGAGACCGUUUGAAUGAUCUUUCAUGUGAGUUCUUCUAUCCCAAUAUUACGGCUGGCUGUUUGCACAUGGUAGAACACACGGCGUGUGCCAGCGGAGCGGAGGGCCCGACUCGAAUUGCGAUUGGCUUUAGUUUUCGACUCCGAUACCCAGUCACGUUGACAAAACUUGGAGCGCUUAUCCACCUUCAAAAUGUAAGGGUGCACUUAAUUGAUGCCGUCACUAAGCAAGUCUUAUCCGAAGCGGUGGUCAGUGAUCAAGAUGAAGAGAUCGGCGGAUACCGUUACAGUGCCAUCGAUCCGAUAAAAUUCUCAAAGAACUUUGAGGGUAUUCUCAUGGUUACCGGUAACAUUAGCACGAGUUGCGGUGCUUCGACGUUUCAGCAAUCGGAUUCGAUCGAAUUUCAGAGAGUUUACUACGAUCAUGUUGAUGAGCACAGCCUUCCUUGGAGACUCGAUAUGACGACUCUAUCAGCUGUAAGCGCUGAAAUAGCUCUUGAAGGGGAUCCUGAACUUUCUACCCUUAAUGUCCUUCAACGCCGAAGACAUUGGCUCAAGUAUAUCGAUUUGCUCGAUCAGAUGAUUAUUAGUGAAAUGAAUAAAUACAAAGACAUUGUCACUGUUGAUGUCGUUGAAACUUAUCGCAAUCUGCCACGUAAAAUGAGUGAGACAUUCGCCCACUUCAGUAAGCAGUCGUUAACUUUUUUAGUGAAAGCGGAUGACGACGUCGUUUUAGACUUGCCUCGCCUCAAGCAUAUUCUUACGACAUCGCUGAUCACAAAUCGCGUAGUCUGGGCUAAGACUCGGCGCGCAUUUCCGAUUUCGUUAUAUGGAAAAUGGGCGGAGAACGUUGCCUUUCCUUCGCAAGUUUAUCCGGACUUUCCGUGUGGUGCGACAUACGUACUCUCCAAAGAUCUAGUGCAAUUUAUUGCCAAGAAUAAGGGCUCUUUGCACCAUUUUCAAGGCGAAGAUGUGUCCGUCGGAACAUGGCUUCUGGGCUUAGCACCGCAAUAUCUCGGUGAAGGGCUAUUCUCGUGCGGCAUUCAAGACUGUGGUGGAAAUGUCCUUAAUAGGGCUGAAGUAGAUAGUCCGGAGGAAACACGACGAAUUUGGAAUGUCUAUAUGCAGAAUAAGACCCUUUGUGAUCUGUGAGUGGUACGUUUUUGAUACACAUCUAGUCAUCCUCAAUUGUCUUGUAUAUUAGUGGCAUACUUUUAGUUUCUUUUGUACAAAUAAAAUUGUUGUGUUUUU